CGAAAAUUAACCGUCAAUUAUAACCGCCCAAGAACAUUUAAAACUGUUGUCUCCUCUCCAUGCAACUAUAUAUAAAACCCUCAAACCCAACAUUCAUUCCAAUUUAUCUUCUAUCUUCAUUCAUCAUCAUUCUACUCAAAACAAAAAAUGGACCCAACUGAUCAACAAGUUGGCAUCAAAGUCUACAAUGCAACUCCACCACCCCAGGCGGCCUCCGACCUUCCUCCGCCAGGCGACCCGGCGGAUCCUAGCCGGAAGCCGCGGCGCGCCAUGAUGGCAAAGGGUGUCCAGAAAACCCUCUCCAAGACCUCCCUCCUCGGAAACUUCCUCCCAACAGGAACACUCCUAACAUUCGAGAUGGUCCUCCCCUCCAUCUACAAGAAUGGCGAGUGCACUCACGUCAACACCGUGAUGAUCCACCUCCUCCUAACCCUUUGCGCCCUCUCCUGCUUCUUCUUCCACUUCACCGACAGUUUCCACGGCCCCGACGGCAACGUGUACUACGGCUUCGUCACGCCAAGAGGGCUGUCUGUCUUCAAACCGGGGCUCGUCGUGGCGGUGCCGCAGGACGACAAGUAUAAGGUUGGGUUCCAGGACUUUGUUCACGCUGUCAUGUCAGUGAUGGUGUUCGUGGCCAUUGCUUUCUCGGAUCAUAGAGUCACGAAUUGCUUGUUCCCGGGGCAUGAGAGGGACAUGGCUCAAGUCAUGGAGAGUUUUCCUUUGAUGGUGGGAAUUGUUUGUAGCGGUUUGUUUCUUGUGUUUCCUACUUUUAGACGUGGGAUUGGAUGCAUGUCUUCUUAAUAUGUUGUAUAUAUUUUUGUUUGUUUACGCUGUUGGUGCUUCUUUUGUUUCAUAAUUUGCCUUUUUCAUUCAUAUUUGUGUGAAAGUAAUAAUGUACUGAAGAAGGACAAGGUAUGUUAUU